AAAAUUUAGUUUCAUCUCUGAAGCAGGUCAGAUCAGAUCGUUAAAAGAAGUUUUCAAAGUAAAUCUGUUGUAAGAUUUAAAAAUUUAAAAAUUCAAAAAUAAAAAAAAACGUACUCGUAAGUCGUAAUCCAACAUGUCGGAAUCAAAUGGUGAAUCAAAAUUCGGCUUCAAGGAUAAGGAGAAGGCAGAAGAAACCCUCAAAUUACUCGAAGAGCAUGAAAUGCAGUACCGAAAGUUGACAGUGCGUGGUCUCCUUGGUAGAGCCAAACGAGUUCUUUCAAUGACAAAAGCUGAGGAAAAAGUUAAAAAUAUAAAUGAAGCCAUCGCGGUAUUUGACAAAUGGCUGGAAGAAAAUGGCGGAGGCGCGGCUAAUAAGAAUGCCAAAACCGAUAACUCCGACAAAGUGGACACAGUUCCGGGUUUAGGAUUUAAAGACAAGGAAGCUGCUGAAAAGACUUUGAAAAUUCUAGAGGGCCGUGAUCCAGAUUAUCAAAAGUUGGCUAUCAAAGGACUAAUUGGUAGUUCAAAACGUGUGCUUUCCGGUACUAAAAAUGAAGAGAAAGUCAAAUGCAUUCAAGAAGGCGUACAGGUACUUGAAGAUUUUCUAGAAAAGUUCGACAAAGAAAAUAUGAUGCGUGAAAACAAAGCAUAUCUGGCCUAUUCUGUAAUUGAGAAUCUCCCAGGUCCUAAGGAUAAUUUAGUGACUGAAUUUCUAUGUGCAUAUGGUGGUUCAAAGGCCAAAGGUAAUUACAAGCAUUUACGAACAAUGUAUCCAAAAGAUGAUGAAUCCACAUCAUGGGAUAUUAUUAGAAAUAAAAACUUAAAGACAUUAAGUGAAAAGCUUAAAGAAGAAGACGCAAAGCUCUUCAAUGAAUCCGGUGAGCCAACAGAAAUUCAUUUGGAAAUGAUUCACUGGGCCUACAGUCCACAACCGGACAAAGUAAAAAGUUACGUCGAGAAAUUGAAGAAAUCUAAGGCGAUAAAGCGAAAGUCUGCAGCAACAUCGAGCAGUGGCAGUGAUUCGGGAUCUGAAAGUGAAGAAGAGGUUGCAAGGAAAAAGAGAAGAGAUUCUUAAUUUGAUUAAGAAGAUUAAACUUAAAUAAAUAAAAAACAAAAAACGUUUGUAUAAAACUUACCUUUAAAAUCAUUUUUGAAAAAGAAAAUAAAUAUGUAUGUAUUGUAUUUA